AUGUUGAAAAUGAGACACCAGGACCCAGAAGUGCGGCCUGAUGAGUUCCAAUGUGCCUCUACCUCAGAGGGGAUUCAGGCUGGUUACCCCACCGACAUCCCAGGGAACCACAUGACCCUGAGAAAGCUGCGGCUCUCAGGCUCGGUGAUCCCCUUCCUGGGGUCAGCGGAGGGAGGCAGUCUGCUGCUGGAUGAGGAGAGGGGCCGGCUGCUGCUGGGGACCAGAGACCACAUCUACCUGCUGGAGCUGGAGCACCUCAACAGGAGCCCCAGGAAGAUUAGCUGGCCUGCCCCCAAGGAGAGAGUGGAGAUGUGCAAACUCGCUGGCAAAAACGCACAGACGGAGUGUGCCAAUUUCAUCCGGGUUCUCCACAACUACAACAGGACUCAUGUGUACGCCUGCGGGACGGGGGCCUACCACCCCCUGUGUGCCUUUGUGGAGGUCGGAGGACGAGGAGAGGAAGCCACAUUCCUCCUCCACACCAACAGCGUGGAGUCCGGGAGGCUCAAGUGCCCCUUUGAUCCCCGGCAGCCCUUCGCCUCGGUCUUAACAGACCAAUACCUGUACGCUGGGACAGCGUCCGACUUCCUCGGCAAGGACACGACCUUCACCCGCUCCCUGGGACCCCCGCACGAUCAGCAUUUUAUCAGGACGGACAUAUCCGAGCAUUAUUGGAUCAACGAGGCCAGGUUUAUAGCCGCCCAUCCUGUCUCCGACACCUACAACCCCGACGACGACAAAAUCUACUUCUUCUUCCGCGAGGCGUCGCGGGACGCGGGCGCGAGCGAUAAAAGUGUCCUCUCCCGAGUGGCCCGUGUCUGCAGGAAUGAUAUCGGGGGCCUGAGGAGCCUGACCAACAAGUGGACCACCUUUCUCAAGGCCCGGUUGGUGUGUUCCAUCCCGGGGCCCGACGGCGUGGACACCCACUUCGACGAGCUACAGGACAUCUUCCUCCUUCCGUCUCGAGACGAGAGGAAUCCCAUCGUGUACGGCGUCUUCACCACCACAAGUUCUAUUUUCAAGGGCUCAGCAGUGUGUGUGUACAGCAUGGCCGACAUACGGAGCGUGUUCAACGGCCCCUACGCGCACAAAGAGGGCCCCGACCAUCGCUGGGUGGAGUACGAGGGGCGUGUCCCGUACCCGCGGCCCGGGACGUGUCCGAGUAAGACGUAUGACCCCCGUAUCAAGACAACCAAAGACUUUCCGGAUGAGGUGAUCAGCUUUGUCAAGCACCACCCCAUGAUGUACAAAGCCGUGUACCCAAUCACCGGCGAACCCGUGUUCACCCGUGUCAGUGUGGACUACCGCCUGACUCAGAUCGCUGUGGACCGCGUAACGGCUGAGGACGGACAGUACGCCGUCAUGUUUCUAGGGACAGACGUUGGCACGGUUUUGAAGGUGAUGAGCAUCACUCAGGAGGACUGGGCCACGGAGGAGGUGGUUCUGGAGGAGCUGCAGGUGUUCCAGGUUCCCUCACCCGUUGUGAACAUGGAGAUUUCCUCAAAACAGCAACAGCUGUACGUCGGCUCCAGGGACGGCCUGGCGCAGGUCUCCCUGCACCGCUGCGGCCUCUACGGCAAGGCGUGCGCCGAGUGCUGCCUCGCCCGCGACCCCUACUGCGCCUGGGACGGCGCGGAGUGCUCCCGAUACGUCCCCGCCUCCAAGAGGCGAGCCAGAAGACAGGAUAUCAAGCACGGUGAUCCCCUGAGCCAGUGCUGGGACAUUGAGGAAACCAUGGGGAUGGAUCAGGCCGAGGAGAAGCUGAUGUUCGGGGUGGAGCACAACUCCACCUUCCUGGAGUGCGUGCCUAAGUCCCAGCAGGCUCGGGUGCGCUGGUUCCUGCAGAGGCCCGGCUCCGAGCACCGGGAGGAGGUGAAGCCAGACGACAGGGUGAUCCAGACGGACCUUGGCCUGCUGAUCCGCACCCUCCAGCGGCGGGACGCGGGGCUGUACUCCUGCGCGGCGCAGGAGCACACCUUCACCCGCACCCUGCUGAGGCUGGCCCUGCGCGUCAUCGAGCACGGCCGCGUGGAGCCGCGGGCGGGCCGGCCCGAGGAGGAGGCGCGGAGCCGCUACAAGGACUACCUGCGCGUGAUGGCCGGCCCCGCGCACGCCCUGGACCAGUACUGCGAGGCGCUGUGGCUCCGCGACCGCCGGCACAGGCAGAAGAGCCGGCCGGCCUCCGCCAAGUGGAAGCACAUGCAGGAACUGAAGAAGAGCAGGAACCGGAGGCACCCGGCCACAUAGAGCGCAGGGACCCGCCUGCCCCUCCCCCCAAUAGAGCAGGCCUCUCCUUACCUCCAGCAUUCAAACCCAAUGAAGAACAUUACUCCAGCCCUUAUAUAACCACGAACCCCGCCCCUUCAGCGGCCUUUUAAGGAAGAAACCACGCCCCCCUGGGUUCAAAAUUCUGACGGACAAUGCAGAGGCACUCUACAUGUGCAGUGCAGGGAGGCCCACAAAAUGCAAAGCAGCCGCUGAAGGUGCAGCCUUACUCUUCAGUUGCUGCCGCGUUUGGUUUGAAUCCCGGAGAAAAGGAAAAGCCGCCAUAGCGGGGGGAUUUAAUCCCUUCAAAGACACUGCAGGGCCACGCGGGCCCGCUCCAGUACACACCACAAGGCCACUGGACAUGUAUCUCCCAGGAGCCGCUAACUGUGAGCUUACCGCCACGGCCUGUGGCUUUACUCCGCGCACAGAGCAGCUGGAUUGUAACCAACGAUAGCAAUGCAUUCAUGCUGAAUACGUGUAAAUAGGGCAGUUACCUGUACAGGGGAGCAUGCUUUCGUAUCGGUUGUUGUUGAUGUUGUUGUUCAAUAAUUGGAAAUCGAAUUUUUUUGUAACCAAAAUAUUCUGAUUAGGUUGAAGUACCAUAUUUUUGUAUGAAGCU